AAUGUCUCUGGUACCAAUGUCUACGCUGUCUUGCGUGCCUCUCGAGCUAAAGGAGUAGAGGCGAUGUUGUUUGCUGUUGAUUUGACACAGCGAGAAGCUGCAGCUAUGGUUAUGGCUUAUGCAGCUUUUGCUCGACAACAAGUGUACUGGGCUCGCGACCUCUUCUUUGUGUUUGUUGACGGUGGAGCACCCGGUAUGGAUGCAUGGCUGUCUGAGUAUCAUCUUGUGGAAGAUAAUGCUUUACGUGGUGAGCCGCUGCCCGAAAUAGGUGGUGUGAUGAUUGGCGGAGUUGUAUUGAAGAGCCAGAAUACCAGAGGGUCGAAAGAUCCAGUUCUGAGGAUUGAGUUGAACCAUCUGAAUGGUCAACUACCCAAUUUGGAUCUUUUCAAUUCUGUUGUGAGAAUUGCUGGUAAAGGCAAAUUCGCUCUUCUUUCAACUGUAUAUGGUGUUCGAGAUAUAGAGCAG